CUAAAGUAUAAUUUUAAAAAAGGGACUAUAAAAAGUCUGCCAGGAACUGUAAUCAGAUUAUCGGAAAUUAUAAUAUCAAAUUGGAAUUUUCCAAUUUCUCUCAUCUUCCUCGAUUCUCCCAAAUUCAAACCCUAAAUUUCAUCCGGCCUGCUCUGUUUCUCCCGUUUUUUUUUACGACCACCCCAAAAGGUCUGGUCGUGAUAUUUGGUAUCAGAGCGGACAAUUCUCGGCCGUCUCUAUAUCAGUUUCGUCUACUCGUUCAUUCUCUGCUUUUCCCUGCCGCUUCUUAACCCUCUGAAAAUCUGAAAUCCCAUUUCUCCCUCUCUUUAUUCUGAAAUCUGUGCCAUUUCUUCAUUCUCUGUAUCACACCAAAAUUUUUUUCAUUUGGAUUCGGAUUUUUACUCCCCGAUUUAGAUUCCGGUGAAUAAUCAAUGUGUAUCAGCGAUUACCAUUCAAAAGUCACUGCCCUGUUGGCCUUACCACCAACAGCGGCGUAUCCUCCAAGUCCAACGUCAUCCGGUCUACCUCAACCGUCACCAACAGAAAUUUUUCUUUUCACUGGCGAAAAUCUAUGGCUUUGGUUAUCCCGGAUUGAAGACUAUUUCUUCUAUCAUUCAACACCGUCGGAUAAGAAGUUAUUCGUGGCUUCUCACUACAUGUCUUAUGAGCCCCUCCAAUUUUUAUAUGGCUUAGAACGUGCCUCGCAAUUAUCGAACUGGGAGAGAUUUACUGUUCAGUUGGAGCUCCAGUUUGGUAAAGUUAUCUGGCCGACAAUGGUGGUCAACACUUGGGAAGCCAGCGAUUAUCAGUCAGGGAAUGAAGGAGCGUCGGUCAAGGCGAAUGAAGAAUUUGAUGGUGAUAUAGUACUGGAACCCGAGGCGACAUCAUCAGAGGAGGAAGUGGAGUCCGCUGUUGACAGCUCUGUUGAGAUGUCUGAUAAGGAUGGAAAUUCCUUGUUUCAAAACGUAAGUUUUGCCACAUUUGCAGUUCCCGUAGCUACUUCCUCAAAAUGGCUGAUGAAAUUGUGUUAUCGGGUAAUCUGGAUGCAUCUCCUAAGGCUAUAGUAGUUUAUUGUGGGAGCCUUAGUGAAGUAAAUGAUGAAGUUGAAAUGAAUAUAGAUGUUUUACUGUCUAUUAAUAAUUCCUUUGUAGGAUUGUGAAUGAACCCGCAUGUGUAUAUAAAAUUGUUGAAAUGGAAAACACUACUGUGAUAGUGGAUACUGAUGUGGACGAUUAUUCGAUAGCUGAGUCUAUAGUUUUGAGUGGAAUUUAUAAUGCUUCUAUAAUUGCGAUGAGAAGGGUGAACAUGUGCUUUUCCUGUGAUCUUGGAAACUCGUUUUAGGCUGAUCCAGGGGGAUUAGAAAGUCCUGUGGAUGUUGAUGAAGGGAAUAAUUUAGGUGAAAAUAAUACUGCCAAUUUAAGUGAUAAAAAUGUCGAGUAUUGCAUGUUAAAAGUGAAAGUGAUGAAUUGCCUAAAAAUAUAUUUAUGAGUUUGGAGCGUGCUGAGUCUGUGAUUAUUAAUGAUGAUGAUGUUCAUGUUUCACCUGAAAAUUUGAAUGAGAUUGAUGAAGAUGUUAAUUUGGAAAUGUUAAAAGGCAUUAAGGAUUUUAAAAAAUUGAUUGUGAACAUUGAUGAACCUGUUGUUCCGUUGGAAAAUUUGGACGAUAAACCUGAGGUGAUGAAGGAUAUAAUUGAUGCUUCUAUUAAUUUGAAUGAAGAAAAUGGCUCAGUGAGUUCUGAAAAAUUGAGUGAGUGUGCUUGUCUGGAUCAUGUUGAUAAUAAGUGGGUGCAUUCCGUUCAUGUUGACCCUGGUGGAUCAGAAUGCGCUACUGAUGUUGAUUUUGGUGAUUGUAGUGUGAUUUCUAAUAAAACUGAGGUUGUUGAUGGUGGAUUUGGUUCUGAUUUUAGGAUAAAAAAAAUUAACAAAACUCUUUAUUGAGGAUGCUUUAAAAACUGAUGUGAUGGUUACCUCCCUGUUGCUUAUUAUUAAGGAAAAAAUAGAAGAUAAUCCGGUGAAUAUUUUUAAUGUUGGGGUUAACUAGGAAUACAUGUGUAACUGUAUUAUGAUUGCUUGCUAUUCGUGGUUAUAUUUCGAAGAUGUAACUAAGUCUCUCUGUUCUGUUAGAAAAGGAAAUCGUCCCAGUCUUUUUGCUAUUGAUCCUGGAGUGCUAGUACAACUCUCCAGUGCUAAGGGUUCCCUUGAUAUUGGAUUGAAUGUUGUUCUCCGGCUGUUGAAUGAAUCGAAUGCUGAAACAAUUAGUCAAGGGCAUAGAAUCAGUAAGUUACUUAACUAUUGGAAUGAAAUUGUAGAGGUAUUCAAAGGUGGAACCAGUGAUAUUAUGGAAGUAAUCAUUUUUGCUGUUGAAAUUUUUAGCCUCUUCAAUUCUGAAUUCACUAGAAAGAUGCUAAACUCAUUAAGAGUUGUUUUUUAUACUAGUAGUUACAACUGUAAGGGUUCAGUUCUUUCUAAUUACAACUGUAGACUGUGGAAUGUCAAUUCUUCUUUGUCUUGUAGCCUUGAGGGCAAGGCUGAAUUUGUGGGGACAGAGUUGAUCGAAAUUGUGUAUGAGAAUGUUGCAACUGCCAACCGUAACAGGAAGACAUUGCCUUACCAGAACCCUAUGUAUGCUUACUUCUCUAAUUAUGUCUGGAAUUCGGUAUGUGAUGUCUCUUUGCAUAUGGUGAGAUUAAAUGAUAGUAUAAUGGGAGAUUUAUUAUGCAAAAUUGUUGUUUGUAUUAGUUUAAAUAUGAUGAAUCAUGUUAGGAAAAUCUUUGUAUGUACUGAUGAUGAUAGUGAGCCUCUGGACCUAUGAUGCUGGUGUUAGUUUUGUGCCUAAUAUAAUAGCCAUUGUUCUUCCUGACUAAAUUGUGCAGCCGAAAAGUUCCAGUGAAGUAUUCUUAAAAGAGGAAUCGCAGGUCAGAGAUUGUUGGGUAUUCAAUGACAUUUUCUCUGAUCUUAUUGAGUCUGCUAGUUGUUCAAUUGUUGGAAAUCAGUUCCAUAUGUUACAAAAAUUACAGAAUAUAGUGAAAUUGUGGGGAAAUGAUCUUGACCUGCCAGGUAUUGUUACUGGUUUGUUGAAAGGUUCAAUGUUUCUUGGCUUGUUAUGUGAUGUCGAUGCCAUUUUAGUUACAAUUCUGAAUUCUACUGUUAUUACAAAGGCUAGCUGUCUAUUUGCAUUUGACCCUGGGGGAUUAGUACAUCUUUCCGGUGCUGAAAAUGUUUGGACAAAUAGAGUGAUUAAAAAGGGCUAUGUACUUGGUAUUCAUUAUGGGAAUUUGCUGCAUUCAAAUGAUGGUUUAGAGUUUCAGAAUCAAGAAGGAAUACAGUGGUAUCAGGAAGGAAUGUUUAUCCUCUCGGGAGCUAAUUGAAGCACGAGAACUGAAGUACAUCAUUUGGGAUGCAGAAUUCGAAUUACUUCAAUGGCAGUAAGCAGUAACAACAACAACAUUAUCACUAAACUUUUGGAAAUGGCUGCCCAAAGCUCACCACAAAAUGAAAAUGGUACUGUUUGGGAUCCGGGAAUACUUGUUGUAGAAUUGCAGCUUGUUAGAAUGCCAUUUAAAGACACAAACAGUGAACACAGACCUUGGAUUCGUAUUGUGACUUUCUUCAUAGAUGCAGCUGUACUCUCAGAAAUGGAAGCUUGGGAUAAAAAAGUCAACCGUUUCAGAGGUGGAACAAGCAUGUGCGAGGGUAGCAUUAGAGCUUUAAGGGGAAUUAAUGACAAGAAUUUCGUUUGGAAGGUUCCAUGGCAUGUUCUAGAGUUCAUUCAACAAUGCUACAAGUAUGUCAUCUCUCCAGUUCCAGCAACCAUUAGAGUUGUCAAGUCCAUUGCUAAUGGUAUAUCUUAUGUUUAUCAUUUCAAUAGCUAUCAUAUGUUUGUAGUUAACUUUUCUGUUAUUGCUUUAGCAACUGAUGCUGUGGAAUGUAAAAUCCAAUGUGUCGAUCAUUUCCGAUUGUAAUAGAUAUCUAGAAUGUAAUCACAGUCUCGGGGACAAGACUGUUUUAAGGAGACGGGUUUGUCAUGCCCCUGGACCUAGUUGUAGGAAUUAGCAAGUAUAGGGGCUAAAAUAUAAUUUUAAAAAUAGGGGGACUCCUAAAAAGUCUGCCAGGGGGUGUAAUCAGAUUAUCGAAAAUUAUAAUAUCAAAUUGGAAAAUCAAAUUGGAAAUUCCAAUUUCUCACAUCUUUCCGAUUCCCCCAAAUUCAAACCCUAAAUUUCCUCCGGCCUGCUCUGUUUCUCCCGUUCUCUUUUCCGGCCAUCCAAAAGGCCCCGGGUCGUGACAUGCUAACUGCUAACCGUUAUAUGGACUGUUAUAAGCUUCCUUUUGCUUUAUAGCCCAUUAUAAUUUAACUAGUCCAAGUUUUAAGGUCUUAAAAGCCCAAAGUUGUCCAAUUAGAUCCUCUUUUCGGCCUCCGGAACCUCGCCAGCAACACACGGUGGUUGCAGAGGACAUCGCGACCGAGCUAUGGCCGGCGGUGACCUUUUCGGCGAUCUUCCACCGCCUUCUUCAGCUCCGCAGCCUAAAACAUUGAAAUUCUCGGAACCUAAUGGUGGCAGUAGUAAAGACUCAAAGACCACCGAUGAUAAAGAACCCUCAGCUAGCUCUCCUCCGCCACCUCCGCCGCAAGCACCCCCUCCUGCACUAAAAAGCGCACUAAAGCGUUCAAAACCAUCUUCUCAAGAAGAACCGAAACCUGAAGUGGCAUUGUCUGGAAAAAGAUUGAGAUUUAAAACGUCAACUGAUGCCUCGGAGGCGCAAGUGAUAGAGGCUAUGAAAAAGAUUGCAUCCCAUAUAAAGAAUCCUUCCAAAUUUAGCAAGGCAUCAAAGCUUGCUCUUCAGCUUAUUCAGGCAGGCAGCGUGAAGCCUGCAACUAGUGAUCACUUCUUUGCUAUACUUGAGGUUGCAAUGUCAUCAUCCACUGCUUGCAAUGAGGCUUCUCUACGAGGUGACUACCAUGCUUUGUUCUCCGCAGCCCAAGAUGCAGCUGAGUUCUUUAAUAACAAGCAGAAAAACCUCUUGACGACAUGGACGAUAAGGGCUGUUGUGGCAAAUGAUCUUCUCACCGAUGAUAGCUUUGUGUUUUCAAAAGCUUCUGGGAGGGUAAAAGAAGCCAUAUCAAGUCUUCCUGUUGCCACCAAAGAUGAUGAUGAUGACGAAUCCGCUACCUUGGCUGGUCAAGUGGAUGUGGAGAAUGCUAAUGAACAGGCCGGUGGAGGUAACUCAAGUUCUGUGGAUGAAGGAAAGGUUGAAGAGCCUGAUCCUUUUGGGCUUGAUGCUCUAAUUCCUAGUACAUCUAGAAAAGAAGAUAGAAUGAAGGGAAAGAAAGAGGCGAUUAAAACUAAAGCAUUAGAGGAAGAAGAAGCCAAGAACUUUCUCCGAAGACAGAGGGAAGCUUUGAUUACCUGUCUGGAAACUGCUGCACGGCGUUAUAAAACCCCAUGGUGCCAAACAGUUAUUGACAUCUUAGUGAAGCAUGCUUUCGAUAAUAUUUCAAGGUUCACCUCCCAGCAAAGGGAAGCCAUUGAUAAACUGUGGGCUUCCAUUAGGGAACAACACAUUCGCCGGAAGCAGGGUAAGUCUGUGUCAGGGAAACUUGAUGUCAACGCUUUUGAAUGGCUUCAGCAGAAGUAUGCUAAUGAGAAGAUCAGCAUCCGACAUUCAGUUGGUGGAAGUGGUGAACGCCACUGUGAGCAAUGGCUUGGUUGAUGUUUGUGUAGUAAUACUUCUGCACCUUGUACCGCGCUUGGACAUUGUUACCACUGCUGGUUGUUGUGUAGGUUGAUCUAUUCUUGUGUAACAAAUUGAUUAUUAACUAAGGGCAGCAACCCAAGAAGUUGAAAGACUUCUUUGACCAAUUCUUCUUCUUCCGGUUUAUUUUGUUCUGUUCGGAAUUGGAGCAAAUAAUCAAAUAUUAAGGUUAAUCCAGAGAACAUUCUGGUUGUUUGGAAUCGCAAAUAGUACACUAAAAACUUAAUGAUG